AUGUCAGUAGUAACGUGGGAAGUCGUCUCCUUUGCCGUGCAGACUACCACGAGCGAUCGGGUGACCGACCGGCUUUUUGCCAAUGGCAAUAUGCAGGUUCCGGUGAUCGUCACCAUCAGGGCCAUCAAUUCAGCGACAGGGGCCACCCAUCUGUUGAGCGCGGCCCAGCUCCAGGAAAUCGAGUUGAUAGACUAUUUUUCCGGGGCGGUACUCACAGCACCCUGGUCGUCUUCUCGGACUCCAAAUGACUUCGCCCACACGGUGGCCGGCACCAAUGACCCCGUCGUUGAACAACCCACUUCGGACAUCCCUCAAUCCGUCCAGUUAUAUGUCACCUCCACCAGAAUCGAGAACCGAGUCAUUGGCGCACGGCUCACUCGAGCCGAUAGUCCUACCGUGUGGUCCACAAAUAGCCCACUCUUUAACUCCUCGGUCACUCUGACGGCAAUCCAGCCAGUGAUUUAUACCACCAGCAACAUCACCGUGGGAGACAAGCAGACAGUGGCCACAGGAAACUGGACCUGGUCCUACGCGAUCAAUGUUUUUGUGACUGAGCACCGGAGAGACUGGCGGCAAGAGAACUACUUUGUCACCUCGAACGUCCAUCCGAUCUUGAAAGCCGAUCUGCACAACUUUAACACCGACACCACUUUGACUAACGCCUUUUCCAUGGGGUGGAACCGGUUCGACCUCAACCUUUUCUACUUUUGGAACCCCGGCCACCAGUUUUCGAAACAGGUGGGACAGUUCAAUCGCCAUCAAUCGCUCAUACCGGAUGCUGAAACUCCCAACCUUAUGUUGCACGUGUGGACGCGAGACGCAACAGCCACGGUCCAAGUCAAUCAGCAACGCAAUGCGUUGUGCCUCACUCAUAUGAUAUUCCACAACGAUGAUAAUUGGGGGCCCGGGUUUAGCAGCUGGAACUAUAACGCAUGGGUCCGGCUGUACGACACGUUUGGAAACUACGGCGACUUCGACGUCAAGGUCCGGACGAGCACGGGAGAGGACGGGACGACAGAACUGACCCCCUAUCUCCAAAACAGAAACAUCGCGAACUUGAAUGAUCCCGACUCCAAGCUGUGA